AUCGCAAGCAAACUCACGACCCACUACCCACGACAACGCCAUACCCUCUACGUCAGUAUGGUGCGCAAACUCAAGCAUCAUGAGCAGAAGCUCUUGAAGAAGGUCGAUUUCAACACCUACAAAAGCGACAAUGACCACCGAGAAGCCGCCGUCAUGCGCCGCUACGCCAUCCAAGGACGCGACGACUACCGAAAAUACAACCAGCUCGCCGGCUCAUUGCGACAACUCGCCCACAGAAUCGCAAACCUCGAUCCAUCUGAUCCCUUCCGUGCCAAGCAAGAGGACCUGAUAUUGGAGAAGCUGUUCUCGAUGGGCUUGCUAGGUACUGGUGGCGGCGGGCGUGGAAAACUGUCCGAUGUCGAGCACAAGCUCACAGUGAGCGCAUUUGCACGGAGGAGAUUACCCGUCAUCAUGACCCGGCUACGUAUGGCAGAUCACGUACAAUCUGCUGUUACACUCGUUGAACAAGGGCACGUGAGAGUCGGAACCGACGUUAUCACAGACCCAGCCUACUUGGUCUCAAGGAAUAUGGAAGACUUCGUCACAUGGGUCGACUCCUCCAAGAUUAAGCGCAACAUUAUGAAGUACCGCGACAAGCUGGACGACUUCGAACUCGAGGCCCUAUGAGAUUUUCCUUCUUUCUUUUCGGUGGCGUUCGUGGAUACAGCAUUUGAAGGCGUUACGGCAUACUCGCGAUAUCCGGCUAUGACAAAAAUUGAUCUUUUAUCUUCGC